AUGUCAACCUUAGGUAAACAGGAGUGUGACUUCAUCAAUGUCACCGGCGAACCUGAUAAGGGGCGCGAUGCACGACGACUUCAUGUUCGGCGGACAGUAAUGACAAACUAUCACAAGCGCAAAUGCCAAAAGAAGACACUCUGGCCCAGAGAGGACAACACAGAAACUUCGCAAGUUACGACACAAGCAGCCCGACCGACAUCAGCUUGCCAACUGAAUACCUCAUCGACGGACCCAAUAAGGGGAGACAUAUCCCUGGCAGUGGCUUCGAGCUCCUUCCAGCUCAAAACGAACACUAGCCCUAUGCACUCCCGGACGUGUCCGAUCAUCAUCAGAUUUUUAUCUGGGCAGGUCAUCAAGGCAGUGCGGACUCUUCACUAUGUUAGCUUUAUCCAUCAUAACAUGCCCGAAGCGUAUGAUCGAUUGGACGAUCCUCUCAUGGCAUGCAGGGAGGUCUUAUGCAGCCACUACAGCUCCAAAACUCCCCACUUGCCAACGCUCUGGCACAAAGUGUCCAUAGCACAGGAGCAUAUCUACGGGACAUGUGUCGACUUUGACAAGUGGCAGCUUCUUUCCUCCGCUCAAGCCAUAACACUAUAUAUAUUAGCCCGCUUCAGAGAUUCGACGAUUGAUGGUGUGUUUCCAGGUAUGGACAUUGCCUUGUUGUACACUCUGGGGAAACUCUUCCAGCUUAUCAAAGAUAGUCAUAUGCAUGGCAGGAUCCGCACCCACAAACGUGGUCCGCAUCCUAAUCCCACGUCUCAUUGGAAGGACUGGAUCUUCCAUGAAUCAGUCAAUCGCACAGCGAUCAUAUAUUUUCUAUUGAAACUCGUUGCAUCUAUCGAUUUUGGUAUCGACUGUGAUGAACAUAGCGACUGGAGUAUCGAAGGCAUGCUGCUCCCAAGUGCCAAAGCGUUCUGGGAGGCCCGAGACGAGGUGACUUGGAAAACAUGGGCAUGUGUUGAUGGUGAUGGCGAUCAACCACUGCCGGCGUUGCGGAUUGGCAACUUAGUGGGUACAGGCGUCGGCAGCUCUCAGAAAGCGCAGAUAGCAGCAUGGCAAGAGGAGUCAUGCGAAUUUGGUAUGGUUGUGAUGCUGGCUAGCCAACUGUUGAUGGACAGUUUUACAGAUAUCUCCAAUCAAUAG